GUAAUGGGGCUCUACUUUAUUAUUAUUAAAAUUAUUGAAUAAGAAUGGGUAAGCUUGGGAUUCAUUAUAUUUAACUGGCUAGUAGUCAUUUUUAGUUAUAAAUUUAUUGUUCAACGUCACAAAUUAUAUGAUUUCUUUCUGACAUUUGUAGUUGUUAGUUAUAACCUUUAUUUUCCAUUAACUAAAUACUUCUCAUUAACUUCAGGGGAAAACUAAUAUAUUGAUGGAUAUUUCAUAUCAGUUGGCACUUUUGGGUAUAUCCAAAUUUAAUUAUUUUAGUGUGAUCAAUAUUUUUAGUUUUAGAUUUAAAACUAUCAUAAUAGCUAUAAUUUUCAUAUCUCUUGUGAGUUUAAGCGUGCUCUCUGAAACUGAAUUUUGGAAUUAGCUUAUAAAAUGCACAAUCUUUACAUCCCUUUAUUUAUAACAUUUAUAUUGUUAGGAGAAGGAUAGAAAGUACAAUUUUCUUGACAAUUUGAAAAGAACGACAACUUUGAAGGGUAUAUAUGACUUAACAAAUAUUUAAACCUUUAUUAUUCAUUAUAAAACAGAAACUAAGAAAAUUGAAUUAAUACAGAAGGAUGAUUUGUAGGAGAUACAGAAACAAAUUUUGGAAGAUUUUGAUGAUUAUUUAAAAAAUAUGAAAAUUUAAUAGUGUCAAAAUUCAGGAAAGUUCUCAUCCAUCUUAGGCUAAGAACCUAUAAAUUAAUCUUAAAAGAAAUAAGAAUUAAAAUCCUACUUAUUUGAAUAAUUUCUGAGAGAUCAAAGGAAUAUUAAAAAUGGAGAUGAUGAUCAAUAUGAAAAUAAUCAAAUAUUAGGAGAGGCAAUUUAUGAGUAAGAAUAUUAUUCGAUUUAACUUAUGAAAGUGUUUGAUAUCCAUCCAUGUUUCAUAUUAAUAUUAUAAGAAAAGAAAAAGUAGGUUUAGCUAGAAGAAUUGUCUUUGAAGAAUAAGAUGUUAAAAAAAUCUCUGGAUUAGGCUUCAUUUAUAUUCAAGCAUCAAGUUCGGGUUUCUUUGAUAUAUUUUAAAUGGAUUUAUAAAUAUGCAAAUAAAAAGGAUGAAAUUUUGUUAAUUAAUAGAUGUUUAUAGUCUAUUCAUGGAUAAAUUAUUAAGGCUAAUAAUGACUUUUAAAAUAUAAUUGAUUUUAAUACCAUCAAUUCAGACUUCAAAAAGUCAAUAAUAAAAAAAAUUAACAUCAUUGAUUGUCUUAAUGAAUUAACUAGAACUAUAUGUUACUAAGAUAUAAACAAAGAUAUCAAAUUUAACAUAAUAAAUAAAUUGAACUCAGAAUAAUAAAAUAUAUAAUAAGAUGAAAAAUAACUCAAACAAUUAUUUUACAAUUUGCUAUUUUUUGUUUCAAAUUCUUCUCAAACUGUAACCAUUAGCUUAUAACAUGAUACUCAUGGACAACCAAGUAAGGCAGUAAUCAAAAUUAAAAUCAUUUAUUAAGGCCCUUAUUUGAGUAAUAAAUAGUUGUAAGGGCUGCAGAUAAUUAAUCCAUAAAAUUUAGGAGAAUUACUUCAUAAUACAUAAAGGCCCCUGGAUUUAGAAAUACCAUUAUCAUUGAUGAUAAUUCGAAAGAUAGGUCCUUAUGAUAAAAUGCGUUUAUAAUAGAAUAAAAAGACAUAGAAUUAUAUGGAAUUUUAUAUUUUUUCAAUAUUAGAAGAAUAAUAUCAUUUAAUUCCUAUAUAUUCUUUGCAUCCUCUCAAUUGUUUAAUACUUAGAGAUAAGAAUAUAUAGCAUUCAAAUAAAUUUACUUCAAUGUAUGAAAAGAUGUAGGCAAGUCCUCGCAUAUAACUCUUAAAUUAUAAUGAUUUUUGA